AUGUCUUCACCCGCACAUACACCAGCGAUGCUCCUCUCACCGAAUCAAUCGCCGACACCUUCCGCCGUGGGCCGCUCCGUCUCCGAAGGUCUACACCGGAGGCUAGCAUCGGAGCCUCAUCAAUCGCUCAAAAAGACAAGCCAGAAAGAACAACUCUCAAUAUCUCGACAAGAGUCAAUCGAGGAAGCUGUUGAACAAGUCCCUUUCAACCUUGCCCGAGUGGUAGUCAACAUGCAGGAAUACUACGCCUCAGAGCUCGAAGCUGAAAGACAAAGAACCGAGGACCUGGCAACGCAAAAUGAGGAAAUGAUGACGAGAAUGGGAAUCAUGGAGAAGAGACUACAGAUGCAUGUCAUUCUUAUGGACGGCUUCGUCAAUUUCAUGAGGGAGGCUAAAGAGGGGAAUUUCGCUGGGGCUGGUAGUGCCGAACUUGAGAUUGCACAGGCAUUUGGAGGAGAGCAUCUCGAGGAAGUCAGAGGUCUUGUGUCAAACUGCGCACCUGUACAUCAAAGCGUGGAACAGGUGGAUCUCAGUCUGCAGAUGCCUUCUGAGCCUGAGGACGAUUCACAUGAAGUAACGCAGCCCACGCAAGAUGAUAGUCCCCUCGAGGUUAAUGCUUUUGACCAGCUGCCGCCAACACCAGACGUGGAAUCAGCUCCGGUGCGGAGUACCGGCCGACGCGCGCCUAAACGGAAGAAUCCACCUACGAUGCUAUAUCGCGCGGUGAAGCGGAGGACAAGGGCAAAUGUGUUAAGCGUCAAACUUCGCGAAGCAGCUUCGUGGACGCCUAUUAAUGCCCAGAGCUGUACGCAGUUGUCCGCAGAUUCGGGAGAUGAACAUGUCGGAGAGAAUGGUGAUCUAGACUACACUCCUGAUCUUGAAGAGGAUGAAGAACAAGAACCUGAUGGUACUCCAGCUUCAGAACAAGCAUCACCGUCGCCAUCGCCGUCAGUGUCAGACGACGACUUUGACUUGGACAGCGCCAAACCCCGGUACUCAGUCCCCCGCUCCGUGGGCUACCGCCACGCCGCGGGUCCUUCCGGCCGGCGCUUCAAAUACCACCGCAUGCCCAAGACGGUAGCACUGGUGUGGCAGGAGUGGAAGCACGGCAGCCACGGCAACCCGGCGAUCGAAGCCCUCGAGAAGAAGUACAACACAGCGUGGCGCAUGGGCACGCUGCAGGAGCGCAAGUACGCGAGUAACUAUGUUGGCGUGCGGCAGAAGAUCGUGCGGAAGGUGGAGGAGAUGUGCGAGGAGGAGGGACUGACGGUCGAGCAGGCGUGUGAGAAGCUGGAUGAGAGGGUUGAUGGCAGGAUGCAGCUUCUGAUGACGGCUUUGAGGAAGGGUGAGGAUCCUUUGGUGGUUAUUCAGAGGAAGAGGAGAUGA